GCUCAUAAUUUGCACAUUGUACAUAAUUAAAAUUAAUUACGUACGUAGAUAAAUUUUUUUUCCUCUCCUUUUCAUAUAAUCGGAGGUAAUGUUUUUGUUAAAUUUUUUGUUGAAGAUUAUUCUUGAACUGUAUACGAUUAUUUCGGAUUAAUUUUUUGCAAAUAUUUAUUAUUAGUUACAGUAGUUUAAUGGAAAUUUUUAUGCUGUUAUCUUAAGUUUUUUGAAUUCUACUCGUAUAGUUGUGUACUUAGGUGGAAACGAGCGAUGCUAUCUUACUCGUUUUUGUACCUAUAAAAAAAAUACAGUACAGCUGUGUGAAUGUCCGAACUGAUUAACACCUAUGAUGAUAGGAAAAUUGAAAUCGAGAUGAUCCUAAAAAUGUAGUAAAUUGUGAGAUGUGCAUUUCGAUAAACGUUUUUAACAGUGAUUUAUUAUUAUUAUUAUUAUUUUAAAAUCUUCGGAAUUUUCGUGAUUGCAAACUUGGUCCAGUUAUUAAUCAAUCUUUAUGUACGGAUUAAAUGGGAGUUUCGAGUGAUCUGGAAAAAAAUGAAUACAGAUCCAUCCCGUGUUGUCAUUUUAAUUGAAAUAAAUUCACUAUUUAUUAAAAGAAAAAUGUAUUUUUUUAAUGUCGAUUUUAGUUAUCAUUAAAAUUAAAGUUGCUAAAUGUUUGUGUAUGCUCUUUUAAUUCCGGAAGUAUUGUUUAAUGUUUUCUUGCUUUACGAAUAAUAAUUUUAAAGCAGAACGUGAUUAGAAAAUGUUGAAUGUCGUUCGAUUAAUUUUAAUGCUGUUAAAAUUCUAGAUUUAGAAUUAUCGAUCUGGUUAUGUGCGCCGCACUUUCGAAAAUCGAUAAGUUGCAGAUUAUUCCAUUAUAUCGCAUAUUGCAACGUUGACGUUAUGUGAAGAACUUCUACUAUAUUAAAUAUGGCUGACGUACAAAGUAUACAUUUACCUGUGUGUCCAACAAUUAUAUCCCCCGAUUUAUAUUGUAUAAUCGAAAAGACACGAGUAACGAUCAGAUAUUUCUUGGUAUUAGAAGGAAAUUCAAGAUUUGCGACUUAUGUGAAGCGCCUGUUACCUUAUUUAAUAACUCUAGGCUUGAUCGUCAUUUUCGGUCAAUUAUGCUUUGGAAUCAUUCAAAACUUUCAAGAAAAUCAUAGAAUUUAUGACAUCAUCGAAUCGCAGCAGUAUCAAAUAAUAAUAAUUCACAUGCAGUUCGCGAUUUUCGCAUUUUGCACCUUCUACAUAUAUAAUCGACAUGAGUGUUUACCAGAAUUGGAGCUGGUAUUGGAUGGUUUCAUGCAGCAAACACCGUUAUCAACCUCGGAAUGUAAUAUUGCGUACGUUAGAAAGAUCGAAUAUUCUACCUAUAAGAUCAUAUGUCCCGUUAUUGUUGUAAUAGUAAAUAUCAUUACAGGAACCGCUACGGGAAGAAUAUUUCAUUAUCUCGAAUAUAAUGCUAAAAUAAUGAUGAUUAUUUUGGAACUAAGUUGUAUAACGUGGAUAAAUUUAAUAACCCAGCAUGGAGUUUAUUAUUACGUGAUAAUUUCUUUAGUCAUCAGACUGAAAAUGAAUGCUGUAUGCAAUCAACUGCAGAAAUUUUUCAACCGUCUAGAAGAGGUGAAUCACUUCAAAUUCAUCCAAGAACAACAUUUAAAGUUAACACAGAUGAUACAAGCAGCCGACGAGUUCUUCAGCGUGUAUAUUUUCUUGGUUUAUUGUACUUUUAUUCCAAUGAUACUAAUGGGGUUGUGCAACAUAAUUGACGGUAAUUCUGACGAAUUGAUAUGGUUUCAAGUUAUGUAUUUAAUGAUUGCAACUGUUAUUGUAACAGCAAUUACACUCGUAGCGGGAUUUCUAUCGUCCUCAGCUCAUCAAGCUGAAAAAAUUCUAUUUAAAAACAUAAGCGCACCUAUUCCAAUGAGAGAGGCAUUUCAGAUAAACGUCUUUCAAUCUAGAAUGAAUGCUGAAAAAAUUGGUUACACUUGUUUAGAUCUAUUCGUUGUUUCUAACGAUGUUAUCUUAAAAAUAAUUAGUGGAUUAAUAUCUUAUCUGUUGAUGUACCUACAAAUGAAACACAAAAAUAAAAUAAAAAGUAGUAAUAAUUAGCACGUUGCUCUAUGAUGUAGAAAAAUUUUCGCUAACGCACGAUUAAUAAAACUCAAUUGUCCUUACAAUAGCCAUUAACAGUUGCGUAAUGAGAUUUUCUUGUAAUUAAUUCUUUCCUAUGUACUGUACGCACUAACGACUAAAGAGGACCUUUUUCUAUAGGCUACUCAACGUAGGUUCGAUCGAAUCCCAAUGCCAGCAUCCAAGGUCUCUUACGUUAUAUAGCAUGUAUAUCGAU